AUGAUACUCUCUGUUGGGACUGUGUGGCUCCUCGCCUUCGCCUUGGUGGCCCCUGCGUACGCUAACACCUGCUCGGAGGUUGCCGAAAACACUUCGGUUGAGUCUACCUCCUGUGCAGCCUUGAAACCUUCAUGUAUCAUCUUCCCUAAAAACGCAGCCGAGGUGUCCGCCAUCGUCUCCGUACUUAACGGCAACAACGAGAGCUUUGCCAUCAACUCGGGCGGUCACAACCCAAACAACUACUGGUCAAGCGUCGCCGGCGGCCCGCUUAUAUCAACCCAGAAGCUUGACCAGGUUCUCCUAGAUCCUACAACAGGAAGAGUGCGGGUCGGCCCCGGCCAGCGUCUCGACAGCACCGCUGCCGCGCUACAAGGAACCGGUUGGACAUUUGUUGGCGGGUGUAUUGGCAACACGGGCGUCGGAGGCCUCGUCCUCGGUGGAGGGCUCUCCUACAUGUCGGCGCAGUACGGAUGGGCAGCAUCCUCAGUACUCGAAUACGAGCUCGUGCUCGCCAACGGCACGAUUCGCACUGUCACGGCAACCAACUACCCUGGUCUCUUCAAGUCCAUCAAAGGUGGAGGCAACAACUUCGGCAUUGUGGUCUCGUACCUCGUCCAAGCCUACCGCAAAGGUACCAUUUACGGCGGCAAUAUCGUUUUCGUCCGCACCCCCGAGGUCGAUGCGAAGAUCCUCCAAACCGUCCGCGACUUUACUGAAUACAACGUGGACGACAAAGCCGCCGUCAUUGUGACAGCCGAGCGCACCAACGUCAACCUCGUUGACUCGUGGAUCUUGUUUCUGUUCUACGACGGCGCCGUCCCUCCCGCCGGUACAUUUGACAACUUCACCUCCAUCGGCCCCAUCCUCAACACGGCCCGCGAGCGCACGUAUGCAGACCUCAUGGCAUUCAGCAACUGGGUCAUCGUGCCCGCAUCCAUCGUGACCAUUGCUACCGAGACAAUCCCCCUGCCGUCUCCUGAAAACCUCGCUGCCGUCAUGUACGACAUGCACGCGCACUGGCGCAACGUAUCCGGCACCACCCUCGCCGUCCCCGGGAUCGUCGCUAGCAUUGCUUGGCAGCCCUUUCCGAAGCGGAUCGCUGCGGCCGCGCGCGAACGCAGCCCUGACCUCAUUGACGCAGAACCCGACGCGCACAAGAUCAUCCUCGAGAUUAACUACAGCUUUCUGCUCCCGGCCGACUAUGGGAGGAUGACGGAGACGAUGCAGGCUACGUAUGGGGGGAUUAGAGACAGAGUGCUCGCACACCAGGAGGCGGGGAGAUUGCCGCCAGCAUAUCUGCCAUUGUUUAUGAACUAUGGGUUCUUCAAGCAAGACUAUUUCGCGAGACUGAAGCCAGCGAGCAGGGCGCUUGCGCACAAGGUGGCGGGCGAGGUUGAUCCUCAAGGUCUGUUUAGAGACAGGACGGGUGGGUGGAAGCCGUGA